AAAGCUGCAAUACAUCUGUGGAGGAUGAGAGAUUCGGUAAGAGGAAGACCGCCGCCUUUGGUGAAGAACCAAAGAGAAAAAAGAAAAGGAGGCCAAACCUGGAGAAGACCAAACAGGCUAUAGAUGCCUUAAGAGCUGAAUUUGAGGCCAAAUACGAACAGCAGGAUCAGCUUGGUGAAGGAGGAUAUGGAACUGUGUUUGGUGGCUAUCGCAAAGCAGAUAAUCUACCUGUUGCCAUCAAAUACAUUCCCAAGGAGAAAAUUGGCCGCAAACACGUGGAUGAAACUGGGAAGAAGCUGUCCAUAGAGGUUGCCAUCAAUUUGAAACUGGUGGACAAAACAAGUAGAUCAGCGGGGACUGAUCAGUCAGCACUCGUGUCUCUAUUGGACUGGUACGAUCUGGACCAGGAGCUGAUCAUGGUGCUGGAGAGACCAAUCCCCGUCGAGGACCUAUUCGACUACAUCCACGGCAACGGAGACUCCAUAGAAGAGCAGGAGGCCAAGAUCAUACUGAAACAGCUGGUAGAUGUAGCAAUUGACCUUGAGGGGAAAAACAUUUUCCACCGGGACAUUAAGGCUGAAAACAUCUUGAUUGAGACCAGCUCGGACGUCCCGCGAGUUCGCCUUAUUGACUUUGGUGUGAGCUGCUUUGUCAAGAGAGGAUCCCGUUAUCGCAGCUUCUACGGUUCCUCCAUUGUCCCAGAGUGGUUAAGUCUUGGUUGGUACAGAGCCGGACCCACCACAGUGUGGCAGAUCGGAGUGGUCCUCUUUAAUGCACUCCACAGUGAUAGAGGUUUUGAGACCACCGAGGUCUUGGAAAACCGUUUGAGAAUCAGUGAGACGCUGUCCAAAUAUUGCCAGGAUUUCUUGAAAAAAUGUUUCAUCACAGACCCCAAACAGCGGCCUACCCUGGAGCAGCUCAGAAUUCACCCAUGGCUCAAUAAUACUAACACUACAAACAGAUGCAUUUACUGCUGAAAAUGCAUUGGAAUGCUGAAAGCUUUAACAUGAU